UUAAGCGUCUGGGGUUUAAUGAGUUAAUUAGUAGUUAAGAGCAGUGUUUUAAGAUAUAGAGAAUGGAUUAUUUAAAUAUUAGUGCAGGAAUGUUUUAAAGCAAAGUUCUAACCGCUGUUUAAAACGAUGCUGUUGGAUGUGUGGUAUGAUAUACCGCUGUUCAGUCAGUAUCGCGAUAAUGUUGUUUUUUUUUUAAUGUUACUGAUAUCGCAGGAGGUGAGACUGGGGCAGUGAAUAAAGAACUGUGUGAAUAAUCAUGACUGUCUCUCAGUGUGGAGUUAAAUGCAGAGGAAGUGUUCUGACAUUAAUAUCUUUUCGGAGUAAACCUCGCGCUUCUUUCUGUGAUCUUCCGUCUCGUUAACUGCCUCCUGGUCCAGACCAGCUUCGUCCCGGAUGAGUACUGGCAGUCGCUCGAAGUCUCCCACCGGAUGGUCUUCAGAUAUGGCUACGAGACGUGGGAGUGGAAGGAAGGGAUUCGCGGUUACUCGUACCCCCUGCUCUUCGCUCUGAUCUACAAAACCCUCCACCUGCUGCAGUAUGAUACGGUUCAGCUCCUGAUCCUGUUGCCUCGUCUUCUUCAGGCGCUUCUCUCAGCGCUCGCUGACGUAAAGCUUUACGAAAUCACUCGCAAGUGGGAGAAUCCAGAAGCAGCCAAAUGGACAUAUUUCUGUCAGCUAUGCUCCUGGUUCACCUGGUACUGCUCCACCCGGACCCUCACCAACACCAUGGAGACCACGCUCUCCGUCCUGGCACUCAGUUAUUACCCGCUGCACGGCUCUAGAACACACGGCAGCUGGAAGUACCUCUCUCUCGUCUCCUUGGCCGUUAUCGUUCGGCCCACGGCUCUGAUCGUGUGGCUGCCGCUGCUGCUUCAUCACCUGUGGCGUGAGGAGAACAAGCUGAAGCUCGUCACUCAGCAGGGACUUCCUGUCGCGGCUGUCACACUGACGGUUUCUACACUUAUAGACUGCAUGUUUUAUGGAAAGUGGACGUUCGUGCAGUGGAACUUCCUGAAGCUGAACGUGCUGCACAGCGUGGCGGAGUUUUACGGGACACACCCGUGGCACUGGUACCUCACUCAGGGCUUCCUGGUGGUGAUCGGCCCACACCUGCCCUUCUUCCUGCACGGCUGCACCCUCGCCGCCAAGAGACACCGAGUCCUGCUCCUGAGCAUGGCGUGGACCCUGACCGCGUACAGCUUUCUAGCACACAAGGAGUUCCGCUUCAUCUACCCCGUCUUACCCUUCUGCAUGAUCUUCUGUGGUACGUCCCUGGUGAAGCUGCGCUCCUGGAGGAAACCUGCUGCCGGAGCUCUGCUGCUCUUAAACCUGCUCCCGGCUUUAUACACAGGUUUGGUUCAUCAGCGUGGAGUCCUGGAUGUGAUGGAUCACCUGCAGCGCCUGUGUGACCUCAGAGACUCUCCCAGCUCCCCUGAGCCCCACGUGCUGUUCCUCAUGCCCUGCCACUCCACUCCACUCUACAGCCACCUUCACUGUCCAAUCAGACUCCGCUUCCUGGAAUGUCCCCCGGAUCUCCGAGGAGACCCAGAUUACGUAGAGGAAGCGGCCUCGUUCUACGCGGAUCCACUCGGCUGGCUCGGGACGUCGUACCCCAACAGAUCCACCCUUCCGUCACAUGUGGUCUUGUUCGAUCCACUCGAGAAGGAAAUUUCUACUUUUCUGGAUGGAAAUGGAUUCGUGAAGAAAGCUGAACUGUUCCACACACAUUUUCCUGAAGGACGGGUCGGAAAGAGGAUUUGUAUCUACGAGCAAUAAGUCAAAUCUGACUCAUGGAGCUGAUAGAAUUAAUGCACUAUUGCUUUUUUUGUAAAGUUUAAAAAAAAAAAAAAUUGACAUUACAUGUGAUGUUUCUAAUUAAAUCCAUGUUUUUAUAAAAUAUCUCACACAGAUGUGUUUCAAGAAGGAAGACAAUCCACAUCAAGCAAAAUAAAUUUUUAUUGUGGAUUUUUUUUUUUUUUUUUUUCCUGAAAUGCAAAAACGGCAAACAAAACGGGGGGGUUGAACUGGAAUGUAACCUAUCCAGCAUGACGUAACAAUACCUAAAGGAGAAACACACCACACACACCCAGGAUGGAAAAACAUUCUGCUCCGUGUUGCACGAUCGAGUGUUCAGCAGCAAUAAAGUUACUUAAUGAAUAACAAGCUACAUGCCGACACACACAGUUCAAUGUACUUCAGCUGAAAGCUCAGUAGAUCAGACUUAAUUAUUUGGUCCUACGACAGAUUAAUUACAAUUUGUGCAAUUAAAUUAAUUAGUCUUUUUAAUACAAAUAAACUUUUACCAACACAGUG